AUGGUUCGUUGUGCAGUAAGGUUCCUGUUUGUGGCAUGUGUACACUUAAAUACGGUCACCUUUAUCUUUGUGUCAGAGGUAGAGAACUGGACAUUUCACCAGGAAGGUAUUUCAUCACUGUUGUCACAAGAUGAAGAUCUGAAGUGUUUUACACGAAUGUUAGAUGAUUUGACAUGUUUCUGGGAUAACAGCGAAGAAACAAAUUUCACUUACAAGUUCUUCUACAGCACUGAGGAAAGAAUACAGAAGCAAUGCCACACAGUGUCAUACAGAGUGCCUGGGAAUGCAAGGAGACAUGUUUGUGCUAUCCCAGUAGAGGAUAUUGUGCUUUUUCAGCCACUUAUAAUUGAAGUAAUUGAAUCAUCUUCCAAUGAGUCAAGAAUCAGUCAAUUUGUAUCAAUUGAAUCAGUAGUUCUCCUAGACCCACCUUCUAAUGUCUCAGUCCAUCUGAACGGCAAUCCACGUGAACUCCGUAUUGGCUGGGUCCCACCAAAAAAUCCUGACAUAAAUGAAUUUCUGAUCUAUGAAAUUAGCUACUGGAAGGAUAAGUCCAGCCCUGCUUCUGCAAAGAGUGUGACUGUCAGUGUCAAAGAGUAUCAUGAUCUUCGGGACCUGAGGGCUGGAAUUAGGUAUAUGGUCCGGCUGCGCAGCAAACCCGAUGGCAUUUCAUUCGAUGGGUUCUGGAGUGCCUGGUCAGAAACAGCAUCAGCUGUAACUCCCUAUUCUUCAGAUGAAAUAAGUCUACGCUGUUCCAGCCCUGACCUCCAGUUCAUAACCUGCCAAUGGAAAGUGAACAAAACUGAGGAGAGCACUCGGUACAGUCUCUACUAUCAGACAAGACAGGAGGUGUGGAAAAUAUGCAGCAAUCAAAGAAACACUACCAGAGGGGAUGGUAUCACCUACCAGUGCACCAUUGCGACAUCAGAAGCCAACAAGACGGUCGUUAUCAUUAAUGCAUCCUACCCACAUCACAUACAGACAUUUUACAAGAAGCCCUUCAAGACUGAAAAUAUUGUCCGUCCUGAUCCACCAAGAAUUGUGAAGACUGAUAUCAGCACAACUGGUGGGAAACUGCGUCUCUUUUGGGAGCCACCAAUCAUAAAGUUCCAGAAUCAAAUGGUUUAUCAGAUCAGAUACUCUGAGGAAAAUGGGACAGGAUGGAAGACCCUACAUAUCCAAAAGCCGUUGCAUAGUGAGGUGUUAGACCUUCCCCACGGUAAAACCUACUACAUGCAACUCAGAGCCAAACCCAAUGGACUCAUUUACAGAGGAUACUGGAGCAGUUGGUCGGACACUUUCACCGCAACCAUCCCAGGCUCUAUCGGUCCAACUGUUGUCUCUCUUGUUGUUGGCGUGGCACUUCUGCUGACAAUAGCACUUUUCGUGUCUCGUCUCAUCUUUCCAAAUACUUACAGUAAUAUGAAGAAAAGACUGUGGCCACAGAUUCCAAACCUAGAGAGGCUGUUGGAGGGAUAUCUCAUUGAUUUCCAGAAACACUCUCAACCUUUCCAGCCCACCUGUGACAAACCUGUUGACAAUGAGCCUCUCCCUUCAAUUCUGGAAAUCAUUUCUGAAGGAAUUGGAAAUGAUGGCAAGAAAUGUGCAGAAGAGCAAGAGGCUGUUUGUCAGAAGCAUCCCUCCAAUGCAUCCUCCACCAGCAAGCCGCAGGAAGAAGAGACGAGUGAUGAAACCAAGGGCUCCAGCAACGGGAUGCAGAACUAUAUUUUUUUGGAUCUGCAAUACUCAUCAUCUCUUCCUCAGGAAGAUGCAAACUUUCACAAGAAGGACAAAAGUAAUUUGGUGCAUGACUCCCAGUCACAGAGGUGGCUUCCUGGCCCUGACACGAGGGCCCACAAAGGACAUAUCCAAAGUGACAUCAGUGGGAAUAAACAGCUCACCUCAUUGCAGCCAGUUAAUGUUGGUGGCCUGAAACAACAUCACCCAGCGCCACUGGUUAGUUAUGACGAGGUGCUCCAGCUCUUUGCUCACUUGCAUUUUCCAGUGCCAUUUGAUUAUCGAUCAAUGAGUGCAACAGACAUUUCAAAUCAUACGUAUCUCCUUCUUUCUGAUUUGGAGCCAAAUAUUUUCUCCCAACAGUGCUCUCUACUCAAAGAAUAA